UAAAUAAACUCUCCCAUGGUAUAAGUUUGCAUGCCAAAAUUCUGAAAGAAACAAACAUUUUCUGAACAACUUAAAAUACCAAUGGAUGAAUCAACAUCGGAGCUUAGGUUGCCAGGUUUCAGAUUUCAUCCUACUGAGGAAGAACUUCUCAGUUUCUACCUUAAAAAUAUGGUCCUCCGGAAAAACUCGCGCAGUGCCAAUAUCAUAGGUUUUCUUAAUAUAUACCAUCACGACCCUUGGGAUUUGCCAGGGCUGGCAAAAAUUGGGGAGAGAGAAUGGUACUUCUUUGUGCCAAGGAACAAAAAACAUGGGAGUGGAGGGAGGCCUAACAGGACAACUCGAAAUGGGUUUUGGAAGGCAACAGGCUCUGAUCGUAAAAUACUAAACAUUUCUGAUCCAAAAAGAAUGUUGGGUCUAAAAAAGACACUUGUGUUUUACAAUGGGAGAGCACCUCGAGGACUAAAGACUGAUUGGAUCAUGAAUGAAUAUCGCUUACCAGAUACAUGCGACAUCGUAUUGUGUAAAAUUUAUAGGAAGGCAACCUCCUUAAAGGUGAUGGAGCAGAGGGCUGCAGCAAUGGAUGAGCAAGUAAAGCCAGUUCUACCCCUAAACCCGCCCACUCCUUCCAUGGACACCAUGUUAGAGUGGGAAUAUAGUGAUGUAUCGGAGAAACGUUUAACAAAGAUGUCGAGUAAUGGUAUAAUGUUGCCAAAUGGUGAAGAGAAAGUAGAACAUCUCCAACUGCCCAAAUUGACCACGGACUGGAAUCUAGACUCUUUCUGGACACAAUUUCAUAGCCCUUGGCUUGACAAAUUUAACACCUUUAGCCAAUUUGUGGAAUUUUUGAACUAAUAUCUUGUCCAAGGUUUGUAAAAGAUUUACUUCCCAUUUCGAAAAACUAUGAAUUAACAUUUGGUUUUCCUGGUGGCAUUGAUGUCGACACUGUAACGUGCCCAAAAAUUUUCGUAUUUAUUAUUAUAAGUACAAUUUCGUGUUGCAA